AUGGGAAGAGAGAAGAGCCCUGGCUUGAAGAUCCUCUGGGUCUGGACUCUCGGCACUGCUGCUAUAUUGGUGGCAAGUGUUGUCCGCACAAGAAUGCAGGACAUGGAAUCGAUGAUGAACCAGGAGCAAGCACCGAAACAAAACCAGAACAGAAGUGCAGGUGAUUCUGUCUUAACGGACCAACCAGUUCUGCCCGAGUCAGAACGAGAGAUUGCCAAAGAACUUAAAUGA